GUUUUCAUUAGUAUUGCAUAGUCUUCACGCAAGAUGGCACGCCCUGUCGUUGUACUGUUAGUGUUUGCGUUGUUCCUAUCCACAUUGGCAGCACCGACUAAGCCGCAGCAGGAAGAAAAUGAAGAAGAAUAUGAUGAUGAUUAUGGAGUAAGAGCUGACGAUGGAAGUAUUGGAAUUCUUGGCAUAAGCGGAGGUACAUUCGAUGCUGGUAGUUUCAGUAUCGGGCAUGGAGGAGACAGCUAUGGGGACGGUGAUGGCGGACAUGCUGGCAACCAUGGCACCACCUCGUAUGGCGGAUCUGGAGGAGACAAGGGCCAUAACAAUUACGGAAAGAAGUAAAGAUGUAGUGUAGUAAAAAUAAAACGAGUACAAAAAUAGUAUUUCUUUUUAUAUGUCUAGUAAGCUAUAGUUGUAUAUUCGACCGAUGGUGCACAAAAUUAUCUUGUUCAUGAGAAUUUUGAAUGUGC